AUGCCGGCAAAACUAAACGACACCAAAAUGGCUAAGUGUCGGCGAAGGCGGAAAAUGUGCAAAACGCGCUGCCGAAGCAAAACGGGUCGCUUUAAGCGCUGUCGUCGCGGCGACACGCGCUCUUACGUGCGCCAGCGCCGUUGCCGCAGUCGACGGCCCAAGCGGCGCAGACGUAGCUGCAGACGCAGGAGCAGCUGCAGACGCAGGAGCAGAGGGCGCAUGAUUUAUGGCUGCCGGUCCCGCUCGGGGUCGUACAAGCGCUGUCGACGUGGCGACCGCAGGUGGCCCCUCCGGCGCCGAUACCGCCCCUAG